CUUGAUUUCUUUUUCUUUUACUUUCCUUUUUCUUGACUGCUGAAAUAAUAAAAAACUUAAUUUAGCAAUGGCUGUAGCUCGAUUCACUGUGGAAGUUCCUGAAACGCUCGAAUACACCUCGUUAGACACCAUCGAGGAUAGCGUAAGCGUUGUCCGUAAUAACUACAUUACAGGGAGACCGCGCAACAUGUACUGGCGCAAGUUCCAACUUCAUCGUCUGCACCAGUUGGUCAAGGAUCAUGAAGAAAAGUUCUAUGAAGCCCUGGCGAAAGAUAUGGGCAAAUCUCGGCAUGAAGCUUUGAUGGGCGAUAUCAGUCCAUUGCUCGAAGAAUGUCUUUAUUUUCUCGACAAUAUCGAGAAAUUGGCAAAGGACGAGAAAGUGCAGCCGCGUCAGAUCACGAACCGAUUCGAUCAAUGCAUCAUUCGCAAAGAUCCCUUGGGUGUAGUGCUUAUUCUCGGUUGCUGGAAUUAUCCUGUUCAGCUUCCGCUCGUUCCUCUUGCCGGUGCAAUUGCAGCUGGCAAUGCUGCCAUCAUCAAGCUGUCCGAGACUGCAGUUCACACCUCUGCGCUCAUAACGAAACUAUUUCCAAAGUACAUGGAUAUUUCCUGCUAUCGCAUCGUGAAUGGUGGUGUGCCCGAGACGACGGCCUUGCUCGAGUACAAGUUUGACCAUAUCUUCUACACCGGCAGCUCUACCGUCGCAAAAAUCAUAAUGACUGCUGCUGCAAAGCAUCUCACUCCAGUCACGCUCGAAUUGGGCGGCAAAUCACCCGCUGUCAUCACGGCAGACGCCAAUAUAAAGACUGUUGCCAACCGUGUUGCAUUCGGCAAAUUCUUUAACACUGGUCAGAGCUGUGUCGGCGUGGACUACGUGCUGAUCCCCAAAAACAAGUUGGAGCCAUUUGUUGACGCUCUCCGCAAGACAAUCACCGACUGGUUCGGCGCCAAUCCAAAAGAGUCCAAAGAUUACGGUCGGAUCGUUUCGGUCCGACACUUUGAUCGCAUCAUGGACCUCCUGGACCGUCGGCAAAGCGGCAGCAUUGUUAUUGGUGGCGACACGGACAGAGAGGCACGCUACAUUGCGCCCACUGUGGUAACAAAUGUAAGCUUUAACGAUCCUGGAUUGAUGACCGAGGAAAUCUUCGGUCCUAUUUUGCCCAUCGUUACAUACAACGAGCUUGAGGAUGCCGUUGCCAUGAUCAAGCGCCAGGAGCCUCCAUUGACCGUGUACGUGUUUGCCAACAAAAAGGAAGACCAGCGAAAGGUCAUUGAUUAUUUGCCCUCGGGUGGUGUGUGCGUCAACGAUACAUUGAUGCAAUUUGCCGAAUUCUCGCUGCCAUUCGGUGGUGUGGGUAACUCGGGCCUCGGAAAAUACCACGGAAAGCGUUCCUACGAACUCUUUACGCACGAACGUUCGAUGCUCAUCAAGAAGCAACGGUUCGAAUUCUUGAUGCGUGCUCGCUAUCCACCUUACUCUGCGCACACGCUCAAGCUGCUUCGGGCAUCACUAUUAUCAUCCUCGCUUACUACCAACCGCAUCAUCUACAAGCGAGGCAUCAAGAACACAUUCAUAUUCUUCUUGGUGAUCCUGUUUUUCUAUAUCAGAAAGCGGUUGUUGUAAUGAACGGAACUCAUGUCGUACAGGUUUUCCCACGCGUGCAGCCUGUCAACAGGUGCGCCCAUUUUUUAAUUUUUUUUAAAACACAGCAACGUAUAAAUAAAGGAGAAACUCUACUCCCGCUGGUUCCCGU